CACAAAUGAGGUCCCUUCUGAAGAUGCAUUAGUGUUGCAUUUGCACUUGGCAACAGGUCAGGAUAAACUGGUGGCCCAAUUGCAAGGGCAGCAAGCUGAAGUUAAGCAACUUCAGAACACGCUGAGAGAACAGCAACACACUCUACUAGCCCACCAAAGAGAAAUACUGGACCAGCAACGGAUUAUGUUUGAAAAGAUGGAAGAAGUCAAGACCCAGUAUAACCUUCUUCUUGACGGGGUCAGACAGUUAUCUGUGCAAGGCCCACAGGGCGUCAUUGAGAGCCAUUUGGAUGGUCUCCAGUCCCAGGUUAGGACCUUUUCUCAGGAGGCCUUUGCAAUGCAUAAGAUGAACAUGGAUGCUAGUGUUAAAGACGCUGAGAGACCUCUUCCUGGCUGUGGAUCCUGCCGAGCAGAUGAGUACUGUGACUUCAGUGCAGACCGGCCACGUUGUGAGAAAUGCACCGUUUGCCCUCCGGGAUUCUUUCUGGUGGCUCAAUGUUCCAUUCACGCUGACAGGAUUUGCCAGGACAGAGACGAAUGCCUGGAGAUCCCAAACUUAUGUAAAGAGCGCAACCAGUGCCUGAAUACACCAGGGGGAUUUCGCUGCUCCGGCAUGUCGGAGAGGGAAGCAGCCGCUGGGAAGUGUGGGCACUCUUAUUUUUACAGUUCUGAGAUGGAGGAGUGUCAAGCCUGUACAGAAUGUGAUUCUCAGCCAAUGACAUCCCCAUGUUCAGCCUUGAAUGAUGCCGUGUGUGCCAACCCCUCUGAAAGCAAACUCUCGCUGUCUUGGUCUGGUAACGUUGACCUAGCCAAGGGUAGUGCGUUUCCUGAAAAGCAACUUCACAUACGUGGUAACAGCGAUGGAAGUCUUCUUUCCUGCACUGAUGGUUGGAUAGUGCUGCACCAGCAUGGGCUUGUUUGGGUUGACCAUAACCUUGCUUUAAAACACGGCUGCCGCAGCUUCAUUCAAGCGUGUUUACGACUGAACGCCAGUGAAGAUGAAGGCCGGGAUCUGAGUGGGAUGCGUUUGGAGCAGCAGGAGGGAAAAUCUCUCCAGAGCGCCAGUGUGAGUGGAGCAACUUCUGUGGAGCCAGGUCACGUACUCUACCUUACUCUCAAGAGCGCCACCAACCAGUGUAGCCAAGACAAGGACGAUGUGCACCUUCAGAGCAGCCUAAUCUCACCUCUCAGCUUGCUCUGGUUGUCCCAUGACACCGGUGCGGUUGCAAUGACUGCUCAGGCCGUUGCUUCGGCGCAUUACCACACCAACUACCGUCCUGCCUUCCGUACAUCAUCCAUCUCCGACCCCUACAUGGUCGGCUUGACUCAUGAUAACCGAGGGGUGCGCUUCAGAGAAAGUGGCACUGUGAAGUUUGUCCUCCAGCAAGCAUUGUACUCCAUGGGUCAAGCCUGUAUCUCCGAGGGCUUCUACUUGCUUGCAUACGUGAACCACAACGGAAGCAGUGCUGAGCUGACCCGUGCAUUUAAACCUGGUGUUCACUACAGAGACACAUCUAUUUCUCUCUCAGCAGCCACCACUGUGGACUCUGGGGAUAUGCUCACCUUUGAGAUCCUUGCUCCCGCACAGUGCAAUGUGCGCUACUUCGGAGACGACUCUGGGAUUAGCAUGCUCAGUCUGGUGUGGAUCCCUUCAGCUAUGUCCACUGCCUUGUCUGCCUCUGUGUCCAGGAAAGGUCUCCCCUCUGGUGCAGUGCGAAAUAAACCCUUGCUCUUCCAUCAGACAAGUCCAGCGGUUCCACAAGUUGCACUAGCUGGAACCAAAGAUCACAGAGACUUCAUCUUUCGGGAAGCGGGGACGGCGAGUGUGGCUUUAGAUCUGCGGCUUAUCCACUCAUGCAGUCUAAUCAAACUCACCUUGCUCCAACAGAGCGGGUCUCAGGGGGUUCAGCCAGCUCCUGUAGCGCAACAGAUUGGUGGACACAUGCCAGAGGGAAGCGUUUGGGCAAGUGUGGGGCUGAGGGUAUCGUUCCAGGUGCGUAAUGGCACUGUGAUUUUCGCUACAGUGGACUGCGUCAGAGGGCGAAUCAACCAAAUUGCCUAUGAUGCUGGAAGUAGUAUGUCUAUCCUCUGGACAGUUGCAUAA